GGUCGUUGUGUGAUGAAGAAGAGGCAAGGGAAGAGAACUCUCUAUAUCAUCAUACUGAUUAUCAUCUUCAACCUCUUUGUUAUCGGAACAGUGAGUGAAGCGGACAUCCUCCUCCUGUUCACAAAGCGAGCUCCACUCAGCUGGUCACAGACAACUUUGGGUUACUAUCAGGGUCUGGAGAACUUCGCUCGGAGUUUAAUGCUGGUCACAGUUCUGCCUCUGGUUAGGAAGUUGAGGAACACCACCGUAGGACUCUGGGGUUUGAUCUCCAAAGCCAUCGGUCUGGUGGUAUUGGGACUCAGUACACGAACAUGGCACGUCUUUCUAGUGACACUGCUGUCCAUGUUUCAAGGCUUUCCAGCAGCUGUUGUUCGGUCACUCUUGUCAAGUAUGGUCAGUCAGGCUGAACAGGGGCGCUUGUUUGGACUCCUGGUUUCAAUGGACAGCAUUGCUGUUGUGGUGGCAUCCCUGAUCUUCAACCAACUCUACCCAGCAACCCUUGAUAUCCUACCUGGCCUCAGCUUUAUGGUGGCUGCUGGUCUGUGUGUUGUUGCAGCAGCCAUUAUGCUAUGGCUUCAUUUUGAUAUGAGAGGACAGGUAUUGGUACUUACACAAAAUGUGACAGGAGACACAGAGGACAAAACAAAGAUGACACUCAGGUGGAGGCUUCGACGACCCACAUGUAAUCAUAAUCAGUCAUCACGUGUCGAGCAAAUGUCAGAUGUUUUGCCUAUAACAUCCGAAUAUGUCAAUAGUAAUAUAUUCGAGCAGUACACAAUACUCAGAUCGGGUUCAAGUAUCAACACAAAGGGCUAAAAA